CUAAUGAGAUGGCAUGGAUAGGCGGCACUGAUAGGUGGCGCAACUGCUGAGCACUGACUGGCACAACCGCUGGGCACUGACUGGUGGCACUGCUGGGCACAGCUGGGUGCACUGGUGGGUGGAACUGGUGGAUGGCACUGCUGGGCACCGGUCAUCAGGGCACUGAUCAUCAGUGCCCUGAUGAUCGGUGCCAAUCCCUGCUGUGACAACUGCCGGUUCUCAGCAGUACUUUCCUCUCGCUCUGACAGCGUGAGGAAAGUGCAGCCGAGAACCGGCAAUUGUCAGAGCAGGGAUCGG